AUGGCACAGAACACCUGGGGCCGAGGCAGAUCCGGGAUUCGAAGCCGGUGCGACCGGCUCUUCUGCCGUGGUGGUUCCCUAUUAGCGCCUCCGCGUCCUUGUCCCAGCCAGGUCCCAGCUAGCAGGGGGCGUGGCUCUUCUCAGUCCUUUCUCGCCGGGGUCCCCGCAGAGGUGGCGCCCCCACGCGACAGACGCACACUCCGAAUCCGGGAAGAGGAGGAGAGGGCAGUGAGAGAUCGGAAUCUCCUCCAGAUUCAAGACCAUGACCAGCCCAUUCCAUGGAAGGUGCAGUUUAACCUGGGCAACAGCAGCCGGCCCAGCAACCAGUGCCGAAACUCCAUUCAGGGGAAGCACCUCAUCACCGACGAGCUGGGCUAUGUCUGUGAGCGGAAGGACCUGCUGGCCAAUGGCUGCUGUGAUGUCAGCGUGCCCAGCACCAAGCAGUACUGCUGCGAUGGCUGCCUGGCCAACGGCUGCUGUGGAGCCUACGAGUACUGUGUCUCCUGCUGCCUGCAGCCCAGCAAGCAACUUCUCCUAGAGCGCUUCCUCAGCCGGGCAGCCAUGGCCUUCCAGAACCUCUUCCUGGCAGUCGAAGACCACUUCGAGUUGUGUCUGGCUAAAUGCAGGACCUCCUCGCAGAGCGUGCAGCACGAGAACACCUACCGGGACCCCAUAGCCAAGUACUGCUACGGAGAGAGCCCGCCCGAGCUCUUCCCCGCGUGACGCACGGACUGACAGGCAGUUCCCCGGAGAGCUCACCUGGGCCCGCUCCAGCACCCCCGUCGGUCCACUGGAGGAGCCAGGCAGCGCCUUCGCUUUGACCUCCUGUAGUGUGCGGCGCAGUACCAGAUGGAGCCCUGGGUCAGGCAUGCAGAGUCUGCAGCCAGCCCUCUGGGGAGAAAUUUGCAGGCCAGGCCAGGGUGGCACUGGCUACACAGGGACCCCGGACGGGGGUUUGUCUUGCGCCCAUUGCCAUUUUGAUCCAGGCCCUUUCACUGUACAUUUAUUUAUUGGGUUUGAUUGAAGAAGUGGGAAAAAUACAAUGUUUGAUGUAGGACAAUACCUUGCUACUUAAGGAAAGACUUUUGCUGCUGCUUAGUUUCACGAGUUUGAUCAUCCCUUCACCUAGAUAAAAUAGUUUGUCUCUUAAGCUAUGAGUAUUCUCUCCAGGUGGUUAUUUUUGGUUUUGUUUUCACGGCACCUUUAAGACUGGGCCUUGCAUACAACCUAGUAAGCAUAUCCCAGCAUCUCUAAAAUUAUCUGAAAACUCAAAAGACACCGCUCUGUUCUAAUCCUGGGUGAAACUGCCAGCACUUCAGUGUCAUGUGCUGCCCUCGGGCCUUUUCUCUCGGCGAUUGGAUGUACUCCUACCCUGUGUUCUGAGAGCCCUGCUCUGGCCAGAAAUCUGCCCAUUGUCCUGGAGGAGCUUGUUUGGUCCAGCGCUCUCCCACUGCCCACAGCAGCCGCAGUAGCAGGAACUGGCUUCCCUGUUCUGUCAUUGAGGCGAGGGCCAGUGCAACCAGCUGUUUCCCUUCUUCCCUUCUGCUGUCAGCCUCUGAGGCUGUAACAGAUACAGAUGACAGUGAUGGCGAACCUUUCAGCGCUUUCAGGGGUACAAACAAUCCGCUGCGACACAAGUGCCGUAGGUUCGCCACCACUGUCCUCAGAGUUUUGAAGCUCAAAACUCAACUUUUUGUGAAAGGGCCGUAGUUUCUUGUAGCUGCCCUCUGUGGGAGACGUGUGUGAUCAUCGCUGUUAGAGUGGGAGUGGGGGAGUGCUGCCUUGUCCUGGACCCAGGCCUUACCUCGCUGUGCCGUUUCCAGCUGGAAAGCUGAGUCUCUGGCUCAAGGCCUGCAGUGUGUGUUUGGUCCUGGCCUUGCACGGCGCUGCCUUGGCUUUCUGGAGGCAGGUAGUACACGUCUCUUUCCCAGGCUCCUGGCUAACCUGGGCAUGCGGCAAGCCAGUUUUCGUUUUUUCAGAUAUUCAAACUGACCUGGAAGCAGGGUGCUGGUUUAUCAUCUGCUUUCAACAGUUGUUUUUAUUUUUUCAGCACUGUCAGUUGAACCCAGGGCCUUCACACUGAGCUACAUCCA